UUACGGCGCAUCGGCGCGGUUAAAGUGAACGGUUAAGCGGCUGGAGAGGACCGACAAACAUCCCGCAUCCCACCUUCUCUGGGCGCAGCCUCCGCGCUCGCACCGCCGGUCCGAGGGAAGAAUGGCAGCGCGCCCUCUUUAUUCGCACGGGGACCCCGCGUUGAAGAAAAGAGACGACUUGGAGGACAUGCUGGAGGAGAGAAGGAACUCCAGCGACCUGAGAUAUGCCCUCAGGUGCUACUCUCCCGUGCUUUACAAGGGAGUCGCCCCCUGCGAGGCCGGCAUGCUCAAGACCAUGGUGCUUCAGUCUGAUCAGCUGCACUAUGUCGUCAGUCAGGUUUCCAAGGAGACAGGAGAGGCUAUCGAUGUCAUCAAGGAAGAGGCGUCAGACAUUUUGGAGGAGAUGGCUCAUUGUCUGCAGCUUAGCACUGUGCGUUUCUUUGCCUUCACGCUCAGCAAAGCCUUCAAAUCCCUGUUCAGGAGCAUCCAUGUUAAUGAAGAUGGCAUUCAGAGACUCCAGCAGGCUAUACAGGAGCACCCUGUGGUUCUUCUGCCCAGUCAUCGUAGUUACAUGGACUUCCUACUGAUGUCCUAUAUCCUGUAUACCUACGACCUAGCUCUGCCUGUCAUCGCUGCUGGCAUGGAUUUCAUGGGGAUGAAGUUUGUGGGAGAAAUGCUCCGUAUGUCUGGAGCGUUCUUCAUCCGCCGGUCGUUUGGAGGAGACAAGCUGUACUGGGCUGUUUUCUCCGAGUACGUCAAGACCAUGCUCAGGAAUGGCUUUGCACCCAUUGAAUUUUUUCUAGAGGGGACCAGAAGUCGGACAUGCAAGUCUCUUACUCCUAAAUUAGGUCUGUUAAGUAUAGUGAUGGAUCCGUUCUUUAAAGGAGAGGUGUUUGAUGUCAGCUUGGUUCCAGUCAGUAUCAGUUAUGAAAGGAUCCUGGAGGAGGCACUCUAUGCCAGAGAGCUGCUGGGCGUGCCCAAACCUAAGGAGUCUACUUCAGGCCUCUUUAAAGCCAGGAAGGUUCUGAGUGAAGACUACGGCAGUAUCCAUGUGUACUUCGGCCAGCCUGUGUCAGUCAGAAGUCUAGCCCAGGGCAGGAUCAACCGCUCUCAUUUCAACCUGAUGCCAAGACACAUCCCCAGAAGGCCCAGUGAGGAGACACAGGCCUUUGUUAAUGACGUGGCCUACAGGCUGGUGCGGCUGCAAGAGGACAACAUGGUGCUGAAGCCAUGGGUCCUGUUGGCUUCGGUCCUGCUUCAGAAUCACUACCAGGGCCAGGGGGGCGGCCAGCAGCAGGGGAUAAUGGUGGAUGAGCUGACCAAACAAGUAGACUGGCUCAGAGGCCUUUCCCGGGAAUGUGGAGCCUUCCUGCGCUGGCCUGACCACAUGCCUCCGUCUGAGGUGGUCUCCUCCAGCCUGUCCUUGCAUCGGGGACUUGUGACAACUUGUGACGGCCGGGUCCAGCUCGCAUCGGGAGAACCAGGAGGGCAAGUGAAGCCAGGGGAGCGUCCUCUUGAUGCUACCCCAGAAGAGAAGCUCUUCAGUCAGGCAGUCAUUGUGCUGUCCUGUGCCUCCUACAGGAACCAGGUGCUGCAUGUCUUCCUCCGACCGGCUCUGCUUGCUGCAGCCAUCAACAUCUCUACCUCUACCAAGAAAGAGGACGUGUACAACAGCUUCAGCUUUCUGAGAAACGUGUUCUCCAGCGAGUUCAUCCUCUGUCCUGGAGCUGCUGUGCAGGAUUUCGAGGAGGCGAGCCACCUGCUUGUGAAGACAGGAGCACUGCAGGUGUCCCAGCAGGAGGUGCUGGUGACAGAGAGAGGCCGCAGAACAUUGACCUUCCUCAUUGGCAUGAUGGAUCCCUUCCUGCAGGGGUACCAGGUGAUAUGCAGGUAUCUGUGCGAGGAGACCGCCGAACGUCUGACAGAAAAACAGUUCGUCCCUGCUGUCCGGAACUUCAUGGUCAAACAAAUCCUUGCAGGCGGUCUUAGGUACUGUGAGGUGUUGUCGUCAGACCUGCAGAAAAAUGCACUGGCCGCUUUGCAGAGACUGGGUGCUGUGCAAAAGGUCAAAAGAGCGGACCAAGUGACCCUGAGAGUGGACAAGCUGAUGGUGAGCUCGUUGGAAGACACUUUAGGAGGUAAGCAGCCCACCCAGAAAGCUGCUCUGGCCCGCCUCUAGCUCGCGGGUAUCCUUGGCCAAGGGGAGCUCUGGAGUGUCGGCCUCGUUUCCCGUGAGCCGCUGUCCCGUCUAAUGUCAGCGUGACUCCGGCUGCUGUGGCCGGCCGACCGCAAAGACUGUCUGUCUGCAGCAGAGGAGCUGUCUGACGAGUCCUCCCUUCUCGUCUCUUCCUCACCUUUUUUUUUUGUUUUAACUAAAUAAUGAAGACCUUUCAAGCGGCGUCACUGAAAUCUUUGGCUUACUUCAAAUAACCAACCGUUGACUUAAGCAACCCUCUAAAUGCUUCUGCGAGCGCUGCAUCCCCCGAGAAGAGCAGCCACCCUCCAGCGCUGCGCUCGACGAGUGUUUUCUAAUACCCUGGUUUGGACCUACUCUCUCUUUUUCCAUGCAAUAUUUUUUUACUGUUGCAAACACCUUCGGUCUGGGAUCAAUUUGCUUUUGACACUUUACGUAUUUAUUUUUUACAAGACCUGUGGUGUGGAGCUGCCCUUCCUGAUACUGUUGCCUUGUCGUCGUUUUAUAUCCGUGGAGACGUUUUUGUCUGUCGACCCCGUAGAGGAAAGACUUACGUAGCUACGUGCAAAUUGUCAAACUGGGUAAAAAAUGGUUUGGUAUCUUGUGUAUUUGAAUAACAUGCAAACACAGGUUUCUAUUCUUGGGUUGAACUUGCCAUAGAGCUGGGGCGUCCGGGUAGCGUAGUGGUCUAUUCUGUUGCCUACCAACAAGGGGGUUGCCGGUUCAAAUCCCCAUGUUGUCUCCGGCUUGGUCGGGCGUCCCUACAGACACAAUUGGCCGUGUCCGCGGGUGGGAAGCCGGAUGUGGGUAUGUGUCCUGGCCGCUGCACUAGCGCCUCCUCUGGUCGGUCGGGCGCCUGUUUGGGGGGGGGGAAUAGCGUGAUCCUCCCAUGCGCUACAUCCCCCUGUUGAAACUCCUCACUGACAGGUGAAGAGAGGCGGCUGGUGACUCCACAUGUAUGGGAGGAGGCAUGUGGUAGUCUGCAGCCCUCCCCGGAUCGGCAGAGGGGGUGGAGCAGCGACCGGGACGGCUCGGGAGAGUAGGGGUAAUUGGCCGGGUACAAGUGGGGAGAGAAAGGGGGAAAAUUCCAAAAAAUCAAAAUCAAAAAACGACUUGCCAUAGAACUAAACCAAAGGGUGCACAAAAAGACUUGCCCGGGGAUCAGGUCCUAUUCAAGACCUGUUCCUGCAUAAAUAAGUAAAAGAAAGUGGGGGGGAAACAACUAUCGCGUGCUAAAACAGUGGCACAGGAUCUGCAAUAUUUUAUGCAAAUGUGUCUUAAAUGCUCUUCAGGGUGGAUGGAUAGAGAAUACGAGGAUUAUUUGCAGAUCCAUGACUAUGCUUAACUUGGUCAUCCUCUUAGCCAAAUUAUUUUUACGUCGGCUCUGUGCAUAACUCUAAUCCAUUGACUUCCGGUUUCUACUGCAGCGGUCAUACCGGUUUCCUGUUUGUUGGCGCGCGCUAUUGACGACGGCCUAUUUUUCGCGAUGCCUGCAAGAUUUACCGUGGAUAAAUGUCAGCCACGUGCACACAACUGUCCACGCACUUUCACCUGCACCAGCCAGCACACGGGAGACACGUUUCAAGUUGUACAUAUCAAGUUACGUCCACAACCACGAGGACGAGGACGCUCAUCCCCGUAACUGCGGACGUUUGUGGACAGUUGUGUGCACGUGGUUGACAUUUAUCCGCGGUAAAUCUUGCAGGCAU